UAUAUUGGGGGAUCUGAUUCUGAAAGUGGAAAGGCAUUUGAGGGAUGGGACUCUGUUGCUGGGCUUGAGGGUGUAACUCAAUGUAUGAAAGAGGUUGUUCUUAUACCCUUACUAUAUCCAGAAUUCUUUGAUAACUUAGGACUUACACCUCCAAGAGGUAUCCUCUUGCAUGGACAUCCUGGAACUGGAAAAACUCUUGUGGUUCGAGCGCUGAUCGGUUCCCUUGCUCGUGGUAAUAGAAGGAUUGCCUACUUUGCCCGUAAAGGGGCAGACUGUCUGGGAAAAUACGUUGGUGACGCUGAGCGCCAGUUGAGGCUUUUGUUUCAGGUCGCUGAAAAAUGCCAACCAUCCAUCAUAUUUUUUGACGAAAUAGAUGGUCUCGCUCCCAAGCGGUCAAGGCAUCAAGAUCAAACACAUAGCUCUGUUGUAUCCACAUUGCUUGCUUUACUAGAUGGCUUAAAGUCGCGUGGCUCAGUGGUGGUCAUAGGUGCAACAAACUACCCUGAUGCUAUUGACCCAGCGUUA